UCUAUGUCAUAUGUCUAAAGUCAUUAGACAGAAAUCAUCUGAAGAAAGAGAAGCAGCAGUAUAAGCAGUAUAAAACCCCCUAUAAUUGUUAUACACCUUACCUAGGUUACCUAUAACCUAUGACCUGAUAUUUUUCCUAUUUUUUUAAAAAAUUAUAUUCGUCUGCUAUAUAGAUGACAUAUUUCAGAACAAAUGGGCUCAUUCCUGACAAUAAAAGAGAACUAUAUGAGCCAUUUUUGUUGGCUGUACCACAAACUUCUGUCAGAUUCACAUCUUAAAAUUUGCACCAUGCAAUGAAUAGCUGAAUUUGUGCUUGUAGUUAACACAACUUUGUUCAGGCACAAAUGAGCCCAACGCCCCAUGAAUAAAAAAGCCCUUCUCCAAAUAUGUACAAGCCGUUACAGAUCUGGCUCAGCAAUGAGGCUUGCUCUGUUUCUGAAACAGACGUAUUAAUAAAGUCCAUUAAAAUUGCAGAACUCGCACUUUGCCAAGCUCUAAUGGAUUCUGGAAGGCAAAAGACCUGAGAUGCAUUAGCACAGACCCUACCUCUUUGGGGAAUCCUGUUUGCUUCAAUGAGUAACCAUAAGUUUACAGAAGUCUGCAUUAUGACAUACUCAAAAAGCCCUACAUUCUGCCUUUGCAAGAAAAGAGUAGUCUUUAUUGUUCUCUGACUGCAUUGAAAAGGUCACAAAAAUCUUUGUGUUGACAAUUGAAAGCAUUUGCCAGACCUUUAAACUGUCACCAUUCACAUUCAUGUGAGAGAGGAAUAAAUUCGUCUAAAACACGACAGUGUGAACAGGAUUUAUGCAUUUUAAGACACAUUAUCUCUGUGAUCAGGAUAAUGUUUGUAACAUGCAAUGGAAUGGCACAGUCCCAUAGAAAAUAUGAAAGCAUUUCAGAAAGUAAUUCCAGUAAAAGCAAUUGAUUUCUGAUGUGUUAAAAGGAUCUUCUUUCCCCUGUUAUUUGCAAAAUUAAUGCACUUACUAUGUUAAUUUGAGAGAUUUGUAACACUUCAGCAGCUUUUAUGAACUAUGAUUUAAAUGAGUCCUGGAAUUACCAAUGUGGAGUCAAUAAAUUCUGUGCAACAGGCAAAGUGACUUGUAAUGAGGGGCCUAAAUACAUCUGCUUCAAAAGCUCAUGGAACUAGAUUUCAAGCCAAGCUGCCACUGAUCUGUCAGCUACAUAUGAUCCUUUUAAACGUGCUCUUCACUGACCUUUUUCCCCUUCCUUGCCUUCUUCUCCUACUCCUCAGUGUCCUCCAGAGAUCCUCCUCAGGUCACCCUGCCUCAGUGUUUAAAGGGAGGUCACUCACAAGCUUCUGCUUGUGAUUCACUUCUCUUUUCUUUCUUUAUGUGAUGCAUUUCAUCAGUCAGAAACGCAUGUCAAUGACAGUGGUGUAAGCACAGUCUGAUUCACAUCAUACAAAAAGGGUUAAAUGACUUGCUUUCACCCUUAUACUAAAGUAAGGAGAUGCAAAAAACCCUUUUUGAGUUUAUCAGUCAAUUCAUUAGUUGGUCAGUUCCUGUGGCAGCACAUCAUCGGGACACUCCAAACCUUCACACUGAUCAUAAAUUCAGACUCUAACCCUUAACCUCACUUAAACUAGUCUUUAGGUUCCCGCAUAUACAAAGAAAACAGAAAUUCUGCACUUCACAGUUCAGACUUGCCUGUCUAUAAAGACAGUAAAGAAUAAGAAGAGAUUCACAUGCAGAGUACUGAAAUAUGGCACCUUGCUUUGGAUUCAAACCUUUAAAAAUUAUCUUAGAAUGACAAUUAUGGCAAGAAAAAACAGGUAGAAAGUGAGAAUCACAUUCUUUUUUUGCCUUUCUGAGUCUGGAAGAUCUGUCACUAAGCUUUCUAACAGAAUAGCAAACACUAGUAGCAUUAGGACAAUACAGCUUGACCUUCUCUACUAUUGGAUUUUAAAAAGCCCUGAAACAGAACCACCCCAGACUUUACUUAGUGAGAAUUGAUCUACAUCAUGGUAGUUCGGUUUCUGGUUCAACAGACAGGAAUAUAUCAUAUGCUGCUUUGGAUCAAUGAAAACCCAGGCUCAUCCACUAAGCACUCAAUACCCUGGAAAAUUUGCAUGUCCUAUAGAUUCUGUUCAUUAGUAUGGCUAAUUAAAAUGAUGAGAAUGUGCUAUUGAUCUAAUUAUGAAACAUAUACAUAAAUUGGGAUGUAUAUGGGAUAAAAUGUGGUGGCUGCACUGUUACGCCUUUCAAAGUCAUGCCUGUUGUCUUACAAGAUAGCAAAGGAUUUAUGGGAAUGCCACUUUCACUGAUGCCAGCUGACAUACAGACACAAAAAUAAAUGGAGUCACUGACAAAGGGCUCCAUUUCCCCUGUUAAGCCAGAGGGUGCUGUGCCUGGAAGACCAGCCAAGCAAGAGGGGGUUGGCAGGGCGACUGAAGAAAGAGCAUGCAGAGCAUCCACUGCCGCAUGUGCGCCAGGAGCAGGAGCUGAUGCGGAGAGGAAUCUCUCUGGAGAUUUGACAAUGAACAGUUACUCAAAACGUUGCAGCUCCAGCGAGGACAGCUUUGAGUUACAGGGUAGUGCAAGGUCAGAAGCUAAAAGCUUUGUUAAAAGCAAAAAUAAGGAUGAAGGCUAUCGACCACAUCGAUCAAAGCACUGUCAGAAAGGGGGUGAAAAAACCCACGGACUGGAACACUCCUCUCUACAUCCAGCAGAAGUGGGAAACGCAAGCCAAAAGCUCCAGAGGCAGAAGACGACUCACAAGAAGAGCAGUUCCUCUGCAUCUGAUUUGAGCUUGGUGAGUCAAGGAUCAUCAAGUUCGUUGUCUGUUGUGGAAGAAAAAAUAGAAGCUAAACUCAAAUUCUCUCAAUUUAUUAAUGAAGUUACAUUCAGAGUGCUUGAUCCCAUGAGCCUGAGGGCAUACCGAGCUGCUAAACUGAAAAAUGCCUUUACGUCCAGUGUAAGAAGCCUAGAUGAUUUGCAUAUUAAGAGAAAGUCUCCUGAAAGCUGGAAAGAGAACACUCUAGAUGGGAAAACCCACGAAGAAGUAGACGUAGAGAGCCUGAAAAGUGACGACAUUGUGGCUGGAGCACGAACACGCAAAUUAGAGAAAUCCUUGUCUCUGGAUACAAGUCCCUCUCUCAGAUCACUUGAUAAUGGUGCCUCAUGCAGAACAAGAUCUGGCUUGCCUGUAGAAAUUAUGAUUUCUCAAACCAAAGAAAUGCCAGCCACAAAAUCUGCAUCUCUGCCCAGAAGCACAAGCAUGGCCUCUGCGGCAGAGAUGGAGAAAAUAAGGGUACGAAAUUCCUGGGUGCCAACCUGCCUAUGGCAACCUAGAAUUCUCCAGGGCAGGCUCGCAAAAUCUUCACCUACUCUCUGGGACAGUACUUUGCAAGAACAGAAGGGGGAAUUACGAAAGCGUCUAUCGUACACUACCCAUAAGCUGGAAAUGCUUGAAACGGAAUUUGAUUCUACACGUCAGUAUCUUGAAAUAGAACUGAGACGUGCUCAGGAGGAACUUGAAAAAGUAACUGAAAAACUGAGAAGGCAGGUGAUUACUCCCCCGAAGACAAAUCAUAUUGGAAGCCCAAAAUAUUUUACAAGGAUACAAAACAAUUACCUAGCCUUACAAAGAAUUAAUCAGGAUCUGGAGGAUAAACUUUACAGAAUGGGUCAACAUUACGAAGAGGAAAAACGGGCUUUGAGCCAUGAAAUAAUUGCACUCAAUAAUCACUUAAUAGAGGCCAAGGUGACAAUAGAUAAGUUGUCAGAAGACAAUGAGCUCUAUAGGAAGGACUGCAAUUUAGCUGCUCAGUUGCUCCAGUGCAGCAAGAAUUACGACAGGGCACAUAAGCUUUCGGAGCUGCCAUCUGACUUUCAGGAAAGAGUCAGCAUCCAUCUGGAAAAACACGGGUGCAGCCUUUCUGUCCCCUUGUGCCACACAUCUUACGCUGAUACCAUACCCACUUGCGUCAUUGCCAAAGUACUGGAAAAGCCAGAUCCAAACAGCUUGUCCUCACACUUGUCAAGCCCAUCUACAAGGGAUCUCAAUUUUCAGGACUCUGCUGGAAAACUUGGACAAAGGCCCCAGUACAAGACGGACAUCUACUGCAGCGACACCGCCCUUUACUGCCCCGAGGAGAGGAGGAGGGAGAGGAGGCAGAGUGUGGACACACAAGUGAAAGAUGUGGGGUUCCUGCGGUCCCAGAACUCCACGGACAGCACCGUUGAAGAAGACGGUUUCCAUUCCAGCUUCUCUCACGAAGCCUUCCCAGAGUACAUUACCUCUCUGCCCACCUCCAGCUCCUACUCCAGCUUCAGCGUCACAUCCGAGGAGAAGGAGAACGCCCAAGCCAACACUCUGACAGCCUCUCAGCAAGCGAUCUACAUGAGCAACCGCGACGAGCUGUUUGAAAGAAAGUCACCUGCAGGUUAUGAGCAUCAGGGAAGUCCAAGGUUUGCCAAGCCCAAACCUGCGCAGCACAUGGAGCUUGCCGAUGACAACGAGAACUCGCCCACUUUUACUAGGACUCUGCCUCCUUAUGCAAACGAACCUUUCCAUUUCUCAGCCAUAACACCACAGCAGGCUUUGGCGAAUCAGAAAAUGAGGAAUGAGUGCAGGAGCGCCCACCUUUCAGAAGAAGACCUGCCUGGGCGGUGGAGGCAAUUGAGCGUGGAGGACAUUGGGGCGUACUCAUACAGGAACGCUGGCAGGCUGUCGCCCUGUAGUUUUUCAGAGCAGUACUACAGCAGCCCGAUUAAGAAAGGAGACAGUCGAACAAGCCCCAUCUAUGCUAGUUACAAAGCAGAUAGCUGCUCGGAGGGAGACGACAUCUGCCAAAGCAGACUUGUGGAUUCUUGCUUCCUGAGAACAGACAGUGGCCUGAAUAUUGACAUCAGCACUAGCUGUAAACAGGACAAAUUGCCCACUUACAAAACAAAAGAAUCAAGAGACCAAAAAAACGAAAGGAUCACCGUCCAGUUAUGCAGUAGCAAAACCAUUGAAAAUAGCCCAGUACUGAAAAGAGAAUACGUGGACGUGAGCCCCAACAGCUCAGCAGAGUCCCUCAAUCAGAGUUCAAUGGAGGCUUCAGAAAUCCAGCAGUCUUCCAUGGAGCAAGGAAGCCAUCCGGGUAUUCACAGCAAACAGCAACAGUUUCAGCGGACUGGGAGUACUGGUUUGAGUCGGAAGGACAGCCUUACAAAAGCACAAUUAUACGGAACCCUUCUGAACUAGGCAUCUUCCAAAACGGCAAUAAGACAACAAACAAAAGGAAGCGAACAGCAUUUGAUACUUCUAGUGAACAAUAAGGUUCUAAGAAACAGGAUUAUUAUAAAAUAUAUAUUCAUAAUGGUACUAUAUGUUUAAAACGAAAUCUCUUCAAAAAUGUUAUACAGCACUUUUCACUUAACAUCCUUUCCACGUGGGAGACCGUCCCCUCCCCUCUUUUGUAAACCUGAAAUAUUUUUAUAAACAAAAUGGUAUUUAUUAGACUAUCCUAAGCUAUUUGAGCAGAAUUCUUUUCCCUUCAAGCAGGUUUCUUAUUUAUUUUUUGUGCAUGAGGCCAUCUGUGCCUAAACUCUUGGAGGAAAAGGGUAAAACCAUGACAGCAGUGAUCAAAAAUAAAUCCACCUGAUAAAAUACCAUAAAAUGUCAUGUGAAAAGAAAAAAAAAAAACAAACAAGAACGGUGAAUUUGAAGAAGUAUAUUUUUUAACAAGAAUGGAAUUGUAUCUUAAGUUAUUUCAUACAAAUGUAUUUAUGAGUGACUAAUGUAUGCACAAAGUGAUACUAAUAUUUUGUUCUUUUAAUCCACUGUGUUUCUGCUUUCCUAUUUUUCCUUGUAUACUACCUCAAACUUAAUUGAGGGUUUCUUUGUCACAUUUUCUGUAGGCUUGCAUUUAUAUUGUCUAAAAUGCAUGCAGUGUCAUAAUUAAUACUGUAUUUUGCAUUACUUAAUAAAAGACACCAGUGGAGAUA